UCCGCUGCUGCUACAUCAUCUCAGCUGAUCCAGAGGAUUUCCUCUACGGGGAAACAAACAAGCCCUGCCUGUAUGCCCAGCUCAGCGCGGCACCAUGGAUUUCAACGUCAAAAAACUGGCAUCCGAUGCAGGGGUCUUCUUCACCCGGGCUGUGCAGUUCACAGAGGAGAAGCUGGGCCAGGCUGAGAAAACGGAGCUGGAUCCUCACUUAGAGAACCUGAUCACUCGGGCCGAUGGCACCAAGAACUGGACCGAAAAGAUCUUAAGACAAACAGAGGCGCUCCUGCAGCCCAACCCGAGUGCUCGAAUAGAAGAGUUCAUCUAUGACAAACUGGACAAGAAGCUUCCCUCCAAGAUAACCAACGCAGAACUGCUGGGCCAGUACAUGCUGGAAGCUGCCAGUGAAUUUGGACCAGCGACGCCAUAUGGCAGCACCCUGAUCACAGUUGGAGAGUACCAAAAGAAACUGGGAGGAGCAGAGCGCGAGUUCCUCCAAACCUCAGCCGCCACCUUCCUCACUCCACUGCGCAACUUCCUGGAAGGAGACUGGAGGACUAUAUCGAAAGAGAGGCGGCUCCUGGAGAAUCGACGGCUGGAUCUUGACAUCUGCAAAGCGCGUCUGAAAAAAGCCAAGCAGGCAGAAGCCAAGGCGGCCGCUGCACCUGAUUUUCAGGAGACAAGGCCUCGAAAUUAUGUUCUUUCUGCCAGUGCAUCUGCGCUUUUGAGUGAAGAAGUGGACAAAGCAGAGCACGAGCUUCGGGUUGCUCAGACUGAGUUCGACCGGCAAGCUGAGGUCACCAGGCUGCUGCUGGAAGGCAUCAGCAGCACACAUCUCAACCACCUGCGUUGUUUGCAAGAUUUUGCAGAGGCUCAGGCCACUUACUACGCCCAGUGUCAUCACUACAUGCAGGACCUUCAGAGGGAGCUCAACAGAUGUGCUAAUGCUGCCAGUACCCUCCACUCCUCUGCUUCUGUCUGCCCCGACCCCGUCUCAUCUGCUUUCCCGUCUGGGGCCACAGUCUCCUCCUUGUCCAGCCAAAGUCCCAGCACACUGGCUAUGGAGCAGACUCAGCUCCCUGUCACAGGCACCAGAAAGGCCAAGGUCCUUUAUGACUACGACGCCCACGAUAUCAGUGAGCUUUCUCUAUUAGCUGAUGAGCUCAUUACCGUAUACACCGUACCAGGAAUGGACCCUGAUUGGUUGAUUGGAGAACGAGGAAACGAAAAGGGAAAAGUCCCUGUCACUUACCUUGAACUGCUGAGCUGAACGGGCCAAACAACAGGACACACACACACAAACACAAAAACCUGUCUACUAUCACAUGUACAUUUAUUACACUUAGAGUAUUUUGACACUUGACACUUAUGCAAACCUGUGUGUGUGUGUGUGUGUGUGUGUGUGUGUGUGUGUGUGUGUGUGUGUGUGUGUGUGUGUGUGUGUGUGUGUGUGUGUGUGUGUGUUUGUGCGCGCUUGUGACCAUUCCAGGCUUCCUCUUAUUCCAAUAAAAUAUAUCCAGAGUGUGAUGACGCCACAGUUAAAGCUACUCUCUUUCAGUUUUGUUAACGGUGCAGUUACAUUACAUAUGUUUUUAUCACAAAGAAUUUAAGAAGGCAUUCAUAGACCUUGUAUAAUCCAUUAAAAGAUAAUUCUGAUUUAUUACAACCUGGGUUUUAUUUUUGUUGUUUGGACCAUCCUCUCUAUCUAUGUUAUUAUAACGCUACACUCACCAAAGUAAUCGCUGAGAUCUGGGAAGACAAUGAUACGGCUCUGUGGCAAGUUCAAUGGAGCAAGAAACACAAUCAGUCAGAAAAUUAGACAGGCCGUGAACGUGCAAACAGCUUAGCCUGACAGACUAAACCACAUUCUAGAGAGUCAAAGGGUGCUGGUUUGUGGUUUGUAAUGCAAAUUACUACAAAUCUAUCAGUUUGUAUAGUGUUACUGAACACCGUUCCCAAAAGCCCAAGACCACAGUGGUUAAGUGCUACCUAAUUUGGAAGGAGGAGAUGUGUGCAUUGGCAGGCAGAGUGGCUGUGGCUAGUACAGACAUGGCUGUAGUUAACAGCAGGACAUGGUGCAGUAAGAGGUUGAAAAAACCAUAACUGAAAAGAGCUUUGUUAGAUGUCCUAAGGGUUGAUUGAACGCAACUGGACUUCCUAUUUGUAGUCCAGUCAAUCAACCCUUAGGACACGAUGACCUGGGUGAAUGAGAACCUACACAGACACAGCUUUGUUAGAUGUUAUCUGGUCACUUCAGCGCGUUUGCGGCUGUAGUUUUUGUAUGCAAACAAAUUAGAAACAUCCCCAGUCCGAGCUGGCGCUUACUUACAGAAGCUAGUGGCGCAGCGGGAUAGUAUCAGGACUCUCUGUUUGGAGGUAAAACUUAAAGUGACUUGGGGGUUUGUCUGACUGCUCGUGUUUCUUGACCUGUCAGAUUUCUUUUAUUACCAAUGAACCCAUAUUUCCCAGUAACUGAAGUGGUGAUUACAAUUACAGAAAAAAAACUCAAUGUGUACUAAACCAGAAUUAUCCUUUGUAGGAGUAUCUGAUAAAUGAUAUCUGCUUAUGUCCUCUUCUUUUUAAUCUAUUUUCCACUCUAUAGUGUCCAGACAUCAGCACUUCUUGUUUCAUUAUCUUUUCCUAAAACUCAGCAAAACAACAGUACAUCUGCUGAGAAGGGCUUUAAACUAAAAUGAAAUAGAAAUUAAGCAUUUUUCCAAUGUGCACCCUUGUUGUUGUAGAGCUGAAGCAUACAGCUUGGGAAACUUGAAAGUUUCUGUUUCUGUAUUUUUUUUAAAUGUGGAACUUUUUACAAGUGUAGUGACUCUAUCCUUGGCUGUUCGUGUGUGGAAAAACUACAGUAUACAGUAUGUGUUCCUGUAGAAGCCAUUUGCUUUCAGAUUGGUGGAUGUGAUCAUGCUUAGUCAUCAUGUUGUAAUGGUUAGCGGAUAGUUUAAAUGUGAAUUUCUUCACCUCCCAUGUGAAAAACGUGUUAAACUAUAAUGAAGUGAAACCUCAAAGAGGAUUUUGAGGAUUAUUACAAAGUGACACUAGUCUGAGUUUACAGAGGCUAAAAAAAUACACAGUGCAGACUGUGGUGUGGGUGGUGUAGGUGGAGAGAAAGCUAACAGAGGCCCCAGGGUAGCUAGCUUAGCUUAGAGAGAUGACAAACAACAACAUAAUGGGGGAUAUUCUCGCUGCUAAUUUAUUCUACACUACUGAACAUUGACCAUACAAUGCCAGGUCUCCAUGACACUACAUUCACUAGUCGUACAUGAACAGUAGCACAAAGUUUUUUUUACUGUGGGAAAGCUCUCCAGAUUUAUGUUGUAUUUGUUUGUAUUUUAAUGAUCUUUGUGACCUUGUAAUGUACUUUGAUUCAAGUACUCAACACCCACACACUUUAAAUUCAUGUGACUGGCAGCAUGCCACCUCCUCAAAUGAGGAAAUGCUCUCAACUUGCAAAGCGCAAAGGUCGAAGUUAAGCAAACUGAUGGAAACAUGCACCAUUUGCUGAAAAUAAUUUCAAACUGUUUCGGGGG